AUGCGGUUACUCUUCUCCGUAUCGACUUUGAUCACGGCGGCAGCGGGGACCACAGUAGGCUGGACAUCACCCACUCUGCCAAUACUGCUAAAUGAAAAUUCUCCUAUACAGACCUCAGCAGAUCAAAGCUCAUGGAUCGCAUCCAUCAUGAUACUAUGUUCUGCCGCAAGUCCAAUCCCCGCUGCAUACCUCGCUGAUAGAAUUGGCACAAAAAAAACAUUACUUCUGGCCUCGGUGCCUUACAUCAUCGGUUGGAUUUUAGUCAUGUUUGCCAGCAAUGUGGCCACAAUAUACGCAUCCCGUGUAAUCUCGGGUCUUGGCUACGGCAUCGCAUACACAACCGCACCCAUGUAUCUGGGAGAAAUUGCCUCCGAUAACGUUCGCGGAGCAAUGGCAACACUCAUCACUGUUAUGUCAAAGUUCGGCAUACUGUCACAGUAUUGCAUCGGUCCAUUCGUUUCCAUGCUAUCUCUAGCCAGUUUCAACAUAGCAAUACCAAUAUUGUUCGUAGUGACAUUCAGCACUAUGCCAGAAUCUCCUUACUACUAUAUUAAGUCUGAACGAAGAGAAGACGCGGAAGUCUCGUUAAGAAAACUACGGGGCAAAAACUACGUCAGAGAAGAAUUGGAGAGCAUGACUAAUUUAGUCACGGAAAACAUGAAAGAAACAAGCCACUGGAAAUAUUUGAUUACUGUAGAAGGCAAUAGGAAGGGUCUCAUAAUUUUGAUGGGUAUAUAUUUCACGCAGCAGUUCUGUGGUAGUACUGCCGUUAUAAUGUAUGCACAACAAAUAUUUGGAGCAGCAGAGGGUCGUUUGGGUCCAAAUGAGUCUUGUAUACUGUUCGGCUCAGUCCAGCUUCUAACUUCGGCAAUGUCUUCGCAACUGGUCGACAAAUUAGGGAGAAAACCCUUGUUACUCAUAUCCUCUUGUGGAGUCGGCUUAUCUAAUAUCAUAAUAGGGUCAUAUUUCUUUCUCAAAUAUCAGUACAGCGAAUAUGCUAUAAGUUUGUCAUUCAUUCCUAACGUCUUUAUUCCCAUAUUUAUUUUUUCAUAUACAAUAGGUUUAGCAACAGUGCCUUUUGCUAUAACUUCUGAAAUCUUUCACACGAACAUUAAAUCAAAGGCUACCUGUGUGAUACAGAUAUUUGUGGCUUUGAUGACAUUUGCAGUCACAAAGUUGUAUCAAGUUGUAGCUGAUAGUUUAGGGAACCAUGUUGUUUUCUGGGGUUUCGGUAUAUUAUCAGUGGCCGGUGUAGUAUUUAUAUUAAUGUACCUUCCGGAGACGAAGGGCCAGUCAUUUGCAGCGAUACAAGAGAAAUUAUAUUCAUCAGUUAGAGUAGUGCAUUUAAAGGAUGAGGAUCAAAUGGCGAGUGUUAAGAUGAACUUGUGA